ACAGACACACGACACGCACGGAGCCGCGGCCGGGCUCGCUGAGCCCGCCAGGCGCCGCGCACACUCGCCCCGCGCCCACACGCACACUCGCGCACAGCACAGGGCCCGCCGCGGCAGCUGCCCAAAGGCGGCGUUCGGUCCGGAUCUCGGCGGGGCUGGAGAGCAGAGACGACUGGCCGCCCUGAGCGCAAUUCAAUUCAACAGACAUUUACUGAGUGCCUACUAUGCGCCAGGCCUUAGGCUAGGCACUGGGGUGGCGGGGCACAGAGAGGAAGGUGGGGUCCCGUCCUCAGGUAGCUCUGGGCUUGGGGGUAAGGGGCGUGGGGAGACAGGCGAGGGGCUACCUCGGUGCUUGGCACUGAGAGAGGAACGGAGAGAAGGGUUUAAGUGCAUUACCGGAGAGCUGCUCUUUCUCGUCCGUGCCUCAGUUUCCCCACCUAUAAAAUGGGAGGCGGCAAGGCAGAGUGAGAUGAUUUCUAGGACCCUUGUGGGACCCCGUGGGCCAUGCAUGCACCAUGGGGGUGGGGACAGCAGGGAGGCCAUCACUCUGCAGAGGCGGCAUCUCUGAAGGCUUCUCAGAGGAGGAGGUGUUAAGAUUGAGACCCCAGGGCCUGAGACAGGUCGUGCUGUGAGCCCUGAGCCCCUCAUGCUGAAGGGGUCUCUGUUCUGUGUAAGCUGACCCAUCCUGCCCACCCCAAACCCCUGUGUACCUGCCAAAAUUGGGUUUGAGUAGAAAAGGUAGAAAGAUCCCUAAAUGUUAGCCGGGCCAGCUUUCUCUAGGACCUGAGCUCCUUCCCACCUUACAGAUGAACAGACUGAGGCCCCGAGAGACACUACUGGGCCAGGGUUAAACUUGAGUGAGAGACAGCGUAGGGUGGGAGCCUAUCUCCUCUUCUUCUGACCAAAGCUGGAGGGUUCAAGUCCUUGAGACCUGUGCAGAAGCUGACACCCAAGGCCCUCCCCAGGGAGUGGGACGGGCUGGCAUUGGUGUCACAGACCUGGGUUCAAAGCCUGGCUUUGUCUUGGAUGAGUUGUGUGGUGGUGUGCAAGUCACGAAGUACUCUGAGCCUCGGUUUCUUUAUCUGUACCAGGGAGGACAGACCUCUCCAUUCUCUCAUUAACACACAUCUAUUGAGCAUCUGCUGGGGGCCUGGUGCCCGGCCCUUCCCUGGGGGAAGCAGCAGUUACGGAUCCUGGGGUGAGGAGGGAGACCAGGGGCUGUGGGAACCCAGCCAGAUGAGGGCAGGACGGGAGGCAGGUGCCAGCUCCUGCAGGACCUCGUGGGCAGGCUCUGGAUGCGUUGGAAUUUUCCCGGAUCCGCUGGGAGCGCCAUGCUCAGACUUAGGGUGCAGAAAGCUUAUCCAGGCUGGGGGCCAAGUGCAGUUGGGCUGUGGGAUCAGAGACAGCUCGGUGAGGUGCUAGAAAGGGGGCAGAACCAGGGCACGCACAGUGGCACGGUGGGAACAGAGGCCUUCAGGCAUGGGAUGCUGGGUGGACGGGUCAGUGGGCUGGAGAGAAGCCAGGCAGGGGCGGGUAGGCAGCAGGCUGGAUGUCCAGGCCUAGAUGUGGUGGGUGGGUGGAGUUCUAGGUGUCAGGGAGGAGCCAGGGACCGUGGGGACAUGGCUAUUUGAGUAUGGUCAGUUUGGGGCUGACAUAGAGGCCUCGGGAGGAAGCAAGUUCGAGAAGGCCAGAGAGCUGGGCCUAGGACCUGGGGGAGGGCCACCGCGUAGAGACAGGGAGUGGGGGGAGCCAGGUGCAGGUCCUCGGCCCAGGGUGACAGCAUUUCUAGGAGGAAGGCGGCUGGGCUUAGGUCUGCCAGAGAAUCUGAAUUCCAGGAGUUGUUUGAGUGGGGGCUGAGGGCCCAGCCCCUGGCUUCUCCCAGAAGUCAGCACCUCAGUCUGUCCGCAGAAAGAGGAGGCUCUCCAGGAGGAAGGUGUUUGUGAAGGAGGGGAAAACAUUUGCAUGCAUAACAAGGCUAAAGUGAGGGAGAAAAAAAGGGAGAGAGAGAGAGAGAUGAAAAGAAAUUACCAUACAUCAGGAUCUUGUUAUUCAACCUAAUUUUCAAAGGACCACAGCUGUUGCACUGAGAUAAUCCGUUAAUUAUAACAGCCAUUGUGCUUUGGCAAUGGGAGAGAAACCGAGGCCGGGAACAGGCUGAAGGAGGGGGCGGGAGCAGUCUUUUGAGGGCCUGGACAUCAGAGAUGGGGCAGAGCCAGAGGGGGUGCUCUUGGGGCCAGGCCUCAGCCUUCCUCACUGCUAUGGUUAAAACCGUGGGCAGUGAGGCCCUACAUGUGCCAGGCAUGUGUCCCGCUCCUGGAUCGGGGUCAUGAGGAUAUCUGCAGCAGCUGACUUUAUUGAGCAGUUACUAUGUGCCAGACCCUGCUCUGUGGCUGUUCCCUCUAGCUAGUGCUCUUCUUGCCCAUUUUACAGGAGAGGAAACUGACACUCAGGGGAAAGAAGCAGCUUGCCAGGGCAUAUUUAAAUGGGCGGCCUGGAUUAGAAGGGAUGUGGCCCCUGCCCUUCCAGGAGCUCAUAAUGGAGGACCAGUUUCAUUGGAUUGGUCACCAGGAGUUGGUGCACACGGGAGCUGCCGUGGCUCAGGGUCCCUGGUUCUGCCCAGCUUGCCAUCACCAGGGUCACUGGUGGCCCUCCCCAGGUGUUUCCGGGCCCAAGGCAGCCUCUAGGCCCUGACAGAGCUUCUUUGUUCUCAGAGCUGCAGCUGUGGCCUCCACUGGGGUGGCUCCCGCCCUUCAGAGCCUCAUAGGCUCAGGGCCGAGGGGAGGGUUUCCCACUGGCCAGCAGCCUCCGUGCUGAGCCCUUGUGGCCCCGGCUGGAGGUGGUGAGGAGACAGAGGUUUCUGGGCUGUGGCCCUGGGAUGGGUUUCUGGGCCUGGCCCGCAGGACUCCAGGGUACAGGGUGCUGAGGCCUGGUAGGGGAGUAGAGCGUGGGCAGCGUGAGGAGAGCCCCGAGUCGAGGGGUGGUGGUGAAGCGAGGGGCUAUUCCAGAACCCUGAGAACCCUUCCUUGUGGGCUGUGCUCAGCAGCCAGGCCUCAGGCCUUUGGGGGCCGGAAGUGCAGCAUAGAUCACAGGCAGGACUUCCUGUUCCUGUUCGGACCCAGCAGAGACCCCAGGUGAUGCAGGCAGUGUAGGGGUUCAGAGGAGCAGCAGGCCCGGCGAGUGCCAGACAGGUAUGAGAGGCUCUGGGGGUGCUGUCCUGACUUGGGGUCCUCAGAGCUUGGGGGAGCUUAAAACCAUGGAGCAUUGUGACCGCAGAGGCUGGGACUCAGCAGCAUUCAGGACCCCAGACUCAUAGAUGCCUCCUACAUACUCUCAAGCACCAGGCUUAUUAUUGGGGACCCCUAAAAAGACAGACCCAUGCUGUCAGUGUCCCAGACCUCAAAACUCAGAGCCAUUGAUCAGGCAGGAUGGCAGUGGGGUGAGGGAGAUUGUGGGCCCCUUGGGUCCCAGAACAGGAGGCCCAUCAGGUGGCGAUUCAGUUGUCCCCACUCUGCAGGCCCAGGGCCCGGACUCUGCAUGCCAGAGCGCCAGGGUGGAGGAUGAGGGUGCAUUGACAGACCCAGGGCAGGUGCAGCUUAUGGAGUUGUCAGUGGAUUCUGGAAAGCAGGGGUUAAAAAAUAACAUCUCCCAAGUUUUCAGCAUUGGCAACUAACAACAAAAAAUGUAAUCCUUGUCCCAAGUUGCCGGGAUACCCCAGCAUCUUGUGAGCCAGAGCUUGAUUCUGUCUGUGGAGGGGAAGUCACUGAGUAGCAGUUGGAAGACCUCAGUUUCCUCAUCUGUAAAGUGGGGAUAGUGAUAGCUCUGACUCUGGAGCUUGUGCUGAGGACUGAGUGGACACAGGAGCUGGGAAGCACCUAGGCCCCUGGACAACUGUCCUGCUUGCCCACACCUCCCGGAGCCUCUGAGCUCUGCGAGCUCUCAGCCCCAAGCCCCCUUCUCCCGUGGGCCCUGACCUGCUGCUCCGGUUGGGGACAGCCCUAAGGGUGUGGGAAGGCAGGGAACGGCCACAUAGGACACUGGAGGAGGAGCAGCUGGUGGAGGCAGGGCUGGGGGGUGGGCCUAGCCGGCGCCUGGUACAUAGUAGGUGCUCCAUAAAUGUUUAUUGAAUGAAUGAAUGGAGGCCAUGCAGGCAGAGGCAGCCGUGCGUGCACAGGCACUGGUGAAAGCGGGUCCAGUGGAGACUGGAACCAGGUGACAGAUGGGUCUCUUCCUUCCUGCCCCCGUCUCUCUGCUCUUCCCCAGAGCUGCACCCUGCUCUCCAGUGGGAACUGUCUGAAGCUUUGAGCCCAGAACCGGAGGAGAAGGAGGAGGAGGAAGAGGAGGAGGAAGAGGGAGAGGAAGUCCUGGCCUGAGACCCUGUGCACCUUCCCAGCAGGAGUUGAGGAGCACCUCGGGGAGCCGACCUUGGGUCCCCACACCUCAGCCAGGCCUGGUGCCCACUUGUAGCCUCCUGGAAAGCCCCCAGCAGUUGGCACUAGUGGUGCCCAUCUUGCCUGGGAUCCCCGUGCCGGGGGUCGCCCCCAAGAUGGUGGCGGCCCCAGGGAGGACUGUGCCGCCAGCAGCAGCCUCCGGCCUCUAGGUCCCCGUGCUCCAACCCCUCACCCCCUGCCCGGCCACCAGGGGGCCGAGGCCAGCACCAUGCUGCGCCUGGGGCUGUGCGCCGCCGCGCUGCUGUGUGUGUGCCGGCCGGGCGCAGUGCGUGCGGACUGCUGGCUCAUCGAGGGGGACAAGGGCUACGUGUGGCUGGCCAUCUGCAGCCAGAACCAGCCCCCUUACGAGACCAUCCCGCAGCACAUCAACAGCACCGUGCAUGACCUGCGGCUGAACGAGAACAAGCUCAAGGCCGUGCUCUACUCCUCGCUCAACCGCUUCGGGAACCUCACAGACCUCAACCUCACCAAGAACGAGAUUUCCUACAUCGAGGAUGGCGCCUUCCUGGGCCAGUCGAGCCUGCAGGUCCUGCAGCUGGGCUACAACCGGCUGAGCAAUCUGACGGAGGGCAUGCUGCGCGGCAUGAGCCGCCUGCAGUUCCUCUUCGUGCAGCACAACCUCAUCGAGGUGGUCACCCCCACCGCCUUCUCCGAGUGCCCGAGCCUCAUCAGCAUCGACCUGUCCUCCAACCGCCUCAGCCGCCUGGACGGCGCCACCUUCGCCAGCCUGGCCAGCCUGAUGGUGUGCGAGCUGGCCGGCAACCCCUUCAACUGCGAGUGUGACCUCUUCGGCUUCCUCGCCUGGCUCGUGAUCUUCAACAAUGUCACGAAGAACUACGACCGCCUGCAGUGCGAGUCUCCGCGGGAGUUCGCCGGCUACCCGCUGCUGGUGCCCCGGCCCUACCACAGCCUCAACGCCAUCACCGUCCUGCAGGCCAAAUGCCGCAACGGCUCGCUGCCUGCCCGGCCUGCGAGCCACCCUCCGCCCUACUCCACCGACGCCCAGCGGGAACCCGACGAGAACUCGGGCUUCAACCCCGAUGAGAUCCUUUCCGUGGAGCCGCCAGCCUCGUCCACCACGGAUGCGUCUGCAGGGCCUGCCAUCAAGCUGCACCACGUGACCUUCACCUCGGCCACCCUCGUGGUCAUCAUCCCCCACCCCUACAGCAAGAUGUAUGUCCUGGUCCAGUAUAAUAACAGCUACUUCUCUGAUGUCAUGACGCUCAAGAACAAGAAGGAGAUUGUGACGCUGGACAAGCUGCGGGCACACACCGAGUACACCUUCUGCGUGACCUCGCUGCGCAACAGCCGCCGGUUCAACCACACCUGCCUGACCUUCACCACGCGGGACCCCGUGCCCGGUGACCUGGCGCCCAGCACCUCCACCACCACGCACUACAUCAUGACCAUCCUGGGCUGCCUCUUCGGCAUGGUCAUCGUGCUGGGUGCCGUCUACUACUGCCUACGCAAGCGCCGCAUGCAAGAGGAGAAGCAGAAGUCUGUCAACGUCAAGAAGACCAUCCUGGAGAUGCGCUAUGGCGCCGAUGUGGACGCUGGCUCCAUCGUCCACGCCGCCCAGAAGCUGGGUGAGCCCCCUGUGUUGCCUGUGGCCCGCAUGUCCUCCAUCCCGUCCAUGAUUGGGGAGAAGCUGCCCGCCUCCAAGGGGCUGGAGGCCGGGCUGGAGACGCCCAAGGUGGCCACCAAAGGCAACUAUAUUGAGGUACGCACGGGUGCUGGGGGGGAUGGACUGGCUCGGCCCGAGGAUGACCUCCCAGACCUUGAGAACGGCCAGGGCUCUGCUGCUGAGAUCUCCACCAUCGCCAAGGAGGUCGACAAGGUGAAUCAGAUCAUUAACAACUGCAUCGAUGCCCUCAAACUGGACUCGGCCUCUUUCCUGGGGGGCAGCAGUGGCGGUGGGGACCCUGAGCUGGCCUUCGAGUGCCAGUCCCUCCCUGCGGCCACUGCCACCUCCACAGCGGCCGCCCCUGGGGCGUUGGAGCGGCCCAGUUUCCUCUCCCCCCCCUAUAAGGAGAGCUCCCACCACCCGCUGCAGCGCCAGCUCAGCGCCGACGCCGCUGUCACCCGCAAGACCUGCAGCGUGUCAUCCAGCGGCUCCAUCAAGAGCGCCAAGGUCUUCAGCCUGGACGUGCCUGAUCACCCGGCCACCGCGGGGCUGGCCAAGGGCGACUCCAAGUACAUCGAGAAGGGCAGCCCUCUCAACAGCCCCCUGGACCGGCUCCCGCUGGUGCCCUCGGGCAGCAGUGGGGGCAGCGGCGGGGGUGGGGGCAUCCACCACCUGGAGGUGAAGCCGGCCUAUCACUGCAGCGAGCACCGCCAUAGCUUCCCCGCGCUCUACUACGAGGAGGGCGCCGACAGCCUCAGCCAGCGCGUGUCCUUCCUCAAGCCGCUGACCCGCUCCAAGCGAGACUCCACCUACUCGCAGCUCUCCCCCAGACACUACUACUCAGGGUACUCCUCCAGCCCCGAGUACUCCUCUGAGAGCACGCACAAGAUCUGGGAGCGCUUCCGGCCCUACAAGAAGCACCACCGCGAGGAGGUGUACAUGGCCGCUGGCCACGCUCUGCGCAAGAAGGUCCAGUUCGCCAAGGAUGAGGACCUGCAUGACAUCCUCGAUUACUGGAAGGGGGUCUCGGCCCAGCAGAAGCUGUGACCCUCUCCUCCCUGGUGAGGCUGGAGGGGGAGGGCCGGGGCGCUCGGGAAGGGCCCCGGGUGGCCGGGCCGGGCAGCGCACUGAGGGCCGGGGCCUCGGCGUGGACGCACACGCACACCCGCACGCACGCACCACGCACACACACCUGACCACCACCUGACUGUGAACCAACCAACACCCGACAAUAACGGACAGGAAAACAAAGACACAUUUUCCUUAAAGUUUACAAACUGAUACCGAAACCAGGCGUCUUUACUGUGCUGCCCAGGGACUCUGCCAGGGUGUGUGGGGCUGGGGACAGGGACAGGCGCCGAGGAAGCCAGGAGGAGGGUGUGGGGCUGGGGGAGCUGGGACUAAGGACAGGAUUAGGGCAAAGGAGGCUGAGGUAGAGAUGGACUGAACCCCCCAGGACGGGGACCAGGUCAGUUGGAGAUUGGACACCAGACGGACACUGAGAGUUAUUUUCUUCCUCUUUGGGUGGCCCAGGGAAAGGAAGUGGUAACCCCUUGGGUCACACAGCAGGUUAGCCUCAGUCUCCCACCUUUCCAGCCUAGUGCUGCCCCUGCCCGGCUGCCCCCCUGGGCCCCCGGCUGGUCCACUCAUCACCCCAUCCAAAGCUGAGGUCUAUUGGGGCUGAGGGAUUCGAGAAUCAGGCAGGUGCUUUUCCUCCCUAGAAAGCCCACGGAAGUGCCCUUGGGGUCUGGAGCUGCAGCUCAUAACUCUAGUGGGGGGGUCCCCGCUGGUAGGAAGGGAGCAGAGGCAAGGGGACAGGCCACCAAACUCCUUCAAGUGUCUUCCAAGUAGCUCGGGAGCUGCCUGGGGGUGGGUGGGGGCACACCAGCUCCCAUGGCGUCUCAGGUGCAGGCCGCGUGCCCCAGGCCCCCAGCUUCUCUGGGCCUCGGGGGACCCCUACCCACCCAGAGGGGCGACAGUGAACUGUGAGGCCGGAGGGCAGCAGGGAGGUGGCGUGGAAUGGCCUGGGGCUUCCUGCCUGUGCCCUGUAUCCUGCCCCUGACUGACACCCACUGCAGGGUCUCUGGGCAGGUCUCAGCUUGCUCAUAGGAGGGAGGGCACCCGACACCCUAUCCUUGUCUCACCUCCUGGCCAGAGGGGCUCCCAUGUUCCCAUGGAAGUGGCCACCCCCCUCUCCGACCCCCACCCAACAUCGAACAAAGCACAAACAGUGAGGUCCCCCCACUGCCCUGGGGUAGGGGGGAAGCAGGCUGGGUUUGCAGGCCCCUCCCCCUCCCUAGCUAGCCCAUCACCAUGGCAACCCGGUGCCUGGCAGUUGGUGCCCAGAGCCACCAACCGUUGGGCUCUGGGGUUCUCUCAGUGUGGGCGGCACUGGAGGGCGGUGAGGGAGGGCAGGGCUGGGCGGUGGCUGCCUUUUUCGAGAGCCGGGGGGUUUCCGGGGACAAGUUCUUCGGAGGAGCACUUUUGGGGUCUUGAGACCUGAGGCGCUGAGCGUCAGCGGCCGAGGGACUGUGAUGCGGUCCCUCCCCCUGCGUGGGGCCGACUCUACCGGGCGGCUGUGCCUGCCUGCCGAUGUGCCCUGACUCCCCACCCGCCUCAGGAUGUGGGAGCCUCUCUGCUCUCCCACGUCUCUGCCAGGGCUCCCCAGCAACUGGCCUGUGGCCCUCUUGAGCUUCUCCAGACAAUAGGACUGAGAUUGUGGGGUGAGGGUAGACCCUGGGAUGGGACUGAGACCUGUACUGUGGGCGGGGGGGGGCUCUGACCAGGAAAGCUAGUGCCAUCCCUUGGGGGGCCGCCAACCUCCAGAUGCUUGGGGGGCUGCAGGGGGCUGGGGGUUGACUGAACACCUUGGUCACAUCAGCUUGGGGGCGGGCUGAGCCCAGGGCUCACUCUGGGGGUGACACUGGCAAAGAAAAGACUGUUUUCCUGGGGAGCAGAGGGGUCAGGCUGGCAUGGAUGUACAGGGCAGACCUCCCCCGACCCUAGACCUGCCCCUGACUCCUCCUCACACCCAGUUGGCAAAACGGAGAAGAGCAGGCUGGGAAGCGAGCGGCGUGAGAAGCAGACUCCCUGUUAUAUUUGCAUGACGAUUUUACUGUAUUUUUCUGAGCAAACAUCUGUCGUGUAUGUGCCAGUCUGUCCAGUUCCCCACCUCCCGCCCAGACUCCCCCUGUUGUGAUCUGAGCAGCUCUUGAAACCCAGGGAGGGGCCAGCUCUGCGAAAGACCCAAAACAGGUGCCGCCAAAACACAGCCCUGACCCCCACCCAGCUCCUCCUGUCUUUCUGGGCAUCGGGCCCGCAAGUGCCACCUCCCCGCUCCCUUCGUCUCUCCAUGGCCACCUCUUCUGUCCCCCGUGUCCCUCAUCCUUUGUCACCCCUUUCCUCCUUCACACCAGGGAGGGUAGCCCCGUCUCCAAAUGGAGGGGAUGUUCACCGUCCCUCCUGUCUGCUCCAGUUGUUCCCAUUUUGUAAGUGAGGAGAUGACUUGGCAGGCCGGGAUGACGGGGCCAGCCACACUGCUGGAGACAGGAGGCCGAAAGCUUGGGGCCUCGUGGACAGCGGGGGGAGGGGCUGAAGGAGGGGCGCCGGGAGGACGGGGAGCUGCCAGUGGCCUGGCCUCACCCCAGGAAGGUUCCCAGCAGCAGGUUGGGUGCUGUCCCUACCCUUCUGCCAUCAGUCCUUCUUGAAGACCUAUAAGCUCCCAGGCCAGCUCGUUUUAGGGGAUUUUAAAAAUUAGCCCCCCACCUCAGUAGAGGGACCCAACCCUCUGGGAGACCAAGCAGCCUAGAAUAAUCGGAUCACACUAUUCUCUGUGAGACAGAGCAGGGCUCUAGACGCAGGCCUCUGCCCCCCACCUCAGAGCCAGGCCAGACCCCCAGCUGGCCAGGCCAGGCCUCUUUGGGAAGACCUCCUGCAUCUGUGUCCUUCUGGGGAUGAUUUCUCCCCCAAGUGGAAGUGAAAGACAAAAGACAAAAGAACAUUUACCCGCAAGAGCUGUGUUUGUAAGGGCCAUGGGGCCUGGCCUGGCCUGGGUAGGCUGCAAGCGUGGCACCUGGGGUGGAGGAGAAGGGGCCGGAGUGGACAGUUGGCAGGAGACAGCUGGGGUAGAUGUGGGUGCUGCACCAUGGACCCUGCCUGGGGCCCAAAUGAGGCCACACCUGGGCUUACCCGGUCCUUCGCAGCCUGCUCCCAGGAGGUGGCACAGAGGUACCCAGUCUCUUCUGAGGGCACGGCAGGCAUGCUGCCCCGCUGUUGGAGCUAACGGCCUUCCACAAGUGAAAAGCAGAGGUCUGGUGGGCAGGAAGCUUACGUUAGUGGACAGCUCCUCCUUCUGCAGGAAGGGCUCCUGUUCUCGGCACCAAGUGCCCUCAGCUUGGCCCCUUGCCCGAGGACAGGGCAGGAGGAUAGCGGAGCCCCUGACUGAGGAGCGCUGGGGCUGAGGGGUGGCAGUGAGAAGACCUACUUCGGAAAGCCAGGCUUGGGUCACUCCAGAGGGACACCGGGGCACAGCUGGUAAGGCGUCUGGGGCUGGCCAGGGCACCCGAUGUUGCCAAGUGGAAGUUGCUUGCGCCCCACUCUGGGAUAUUUAACAGAAGGGGAAGCAGGCACAGGAGCAGAAUGAAAAGCUCCCAGCCCGGAGAAAACAGUGACUGCAAGAGGCAAGAAAGGGACAACAGGGACCGACGCCCUGCUUAUAAGGGGCCUAAACAAAGUGAAGAGACAGAGAGUGGUGGGCACAGUGCAGGGAAUACAAAUGGGGGGAAGGGCUGGGGUUGUCCUUUGACCCUUGGAGGAAGUGCCAGGCAGCUGAGCUCCUCAAGACCCGAGGUGCUGGAGGAGCUGGCAGCUGUUGACAAAAAUACCAUAAGCAGUGAUUAUCUGGAGUGGCUGGCCGAGCAUGCCCUCUGGUCACCGCCUCCAGGCCUGGCCUUUGCUGGGGUUCGGAUGGGCCUCUGAAGCCUCCCCUGCCCAGUGCUGUCUGUCCUCUCUGGCAAGAUGGCUGCUUCCCAGGGGCCCGUGCCCCAGGACAGGGACUUCCUUCCAGCUCGUGGUCCAUUCUGACACGGCCCCUCCCUGACCUGCCGACCUGAGACAGAGUUGAGCGCCCCCCGCCCGCCUCCACGACCCCCUUAAAGGUCAGUCACUCCUGCCAAGCAGAAAGGAGAGGAAGAGGGGGUCCCGUGGGGCUGUCUGGGGAGGGUCUGGACCUCCUCUUCCAUGCCCCUGCCCCUCUGCCAAGCACGCACAGGCUGGGGCAGGGGUUCGGGUCCAGCAGCGGUGGCCGUCCUCCCCUCUGUGUCCCCAUCCCCCACCGGCGCCGCCAGCCCCCAAGUGCGCUGCGGCCUGGCACCUGCUUUGAACCCUGCAGAGCUGGGCUCGAGACCCUGAACUCUGAACCUGUGAACCCCAGCUGUGUACGGACACUCUCUCCCUCUGGGGGCCUUGAUCCCUCUCCUUUUCUUCAUUUAUGGGGGGAACUUCAUUUAUUUUCUCCUCCCUACAUCUGCCCUCCACCCCCAUUUCCUGUUUUAAACUGAAUGGCACGAAAUUGUUUUCCUCAACUCGGAGAUUCCUGUAUGGAGAGAAUCAAUUUCUAUAUUUGCAAUAAAUUUCUUAUUUAAAACAGCAGGGCCAAGGUUUCUGUGGAGUGUUGUCCCGCUGUGUGGAUGCCCUCAGCGCCUGGUUCCUGGUGCCCCAGCGCCAAGCGAUCAUCUUCCCCUCGAGUUCUGCCCGUGGGAUGAAGGGUGGGGCGGGUGGAUGGGGUCAGCCCUGCCCUCGGUCAAAGGAGAAUGAAGUGGAUCUGCCAGACAUAUAGCGGCCAGCAGGGAAUAUAGGGCAGUUGUGUACCCCAGCACCCUGUGGGCCUGUCCCCAAAACCUGCUCUGCCAUGGGCGCUGCUCGGCCAUGUGGCCUCGCACUUCUUCCUGGGCUCCUUCCCCCUGGAUGCAGACCCUGUAGACUGCUGUGUGGACAUUGGUGGAUGUCUUACAGACAUCACAGGCCCUCAGCCCCUGCUCUGUGAAACCCCCUAGCCUCCUCCAGGCCUGGCCUGGGCACCUGACCCGGAUAUCCUGCCUGUGCCGUCCCUGGUACCCUCACUAUCUGCUAUCCUCCAAAGCUGCUGGUCACCCUUGCUCCCUUUAGAACCAAGAGAUGCUGCUUGUCUCUGUGAUCAGACCACAGAGCUGGGUCGCCAUCCAGUGACCUCAGGUUGACCUGUCCAAACCUCUUCCCAGGGGGAGCCUGGAGCCAUGGGUGCCCAGACUGGCCUCACCUUUCCAGGGGCGGAGCCUCCCACCCUCUUGCCUAACCCUCGUCAUCCAGCUGCUCCAUAUGAGUGCUGCUCCAGGAGGUCCUGAGCCGGCCUGGGCUGCCAUAGAUAGGGCCGCUUUGAGUGUGCUCCCGGGGACAGAGUAGUCCCCGUGAGGGACGUCACAAGGUGGGCCUCAGAAGCUUCAAAUCAGGCAGUCAGCUGGAGCUGUGGCCCUGGUGGCUCUAGAGCGGGCUCAUGGCUUCUCAGACCCUUCCUGUAUCAGAGUUAGAGGGUGGGGACCCCUUGGGACAGCCCUGGCCUGGGUCCCCUCACCUUCCCCUGCCUGAUCCUGCACACUAUCCUCACACAGCCCCCUAGGAAGCUUCCCUAGGGGGCUGCAGCUGGGCCUCUGUCUGUCUCUGUCCCCUGGCUCGUCCCCAAGUGCCUAGAACCUUCUUUCUGAGGGAUAUUCCAGUACAGACUUGUACGAGGCCAGGAAGAGGACAGAGGGGCACACUUGUAUCUGUUUCCUCAGAACCAGGGCCACCACGGUCCCCAAGCCUGACUUGGCUCUGGGUACCCCACGGAUUCCCUGCCUGGGACACAUCGCCUCAGUUUCUCUUUGUUAGCAUGGGUUUUUUCUCUUGAAGAGCUGGUUUUAUCCUAAGGAAACAAGGUGUGACCCACGGUGUACAUGAGCCUGGGUUGUCCAAAUCCUCCUGGGGGGUGCAUGGGGGGCUGCUGGGAAUUUGACCAUGUUCUCAAAGAUGGCUUUGCUUUCCUGGGCAAUUUAAGAAUUUCUAUUCGUUAUCCUACACAUGCAAAGAUCCCUAUCUUUUAAUUUCAACACAAAUGUUGUUCUGCUUAUCAUUCUAGUAUCCUUAAGUAUUUCUGAGGGUGGCUUUGGGCUACUGUGAUCCUGUUUAAAAUAAUUGAGGAAAUAUCCUUAACCAGCCCAAACUUUAUCCCUUAGUUUUAUAUCUCUGCCUUCCUAGUAUAUCCUUGAGCUAUUUACAGAAUGAGCCAAACUUGUUACCAAAUAAAUUCCCACCAACGCCCAUGGAGACCGUGGGUUCUUGUCCUGUCCUGGUGGUCUCAUCACAAGGAAAAUGGCCUUCCUGAAAUUCAUGAAUAACUCAAAGCUUAAGGAGGCUGUGCUUGUCUUAAUAGGGUAAAUAUCACAAAUGCCUAAAAUGCCACCCCCAGAUGUCUUAACCUAAAAUAUCAGUUAUGCAAACAUGACCUGCUGACCUUGCGCCCUCUUCUUUCUGAGGUGACUCUCAUCACCCUGGAAUGAGACAUCUGUCUCCUAACUGGGCUCCCUCCACUCUGUGGACAGUUGUGGGUAAAAUCUCCGGUGGCUGAGACCUCCUGAACCGGAAAGAUUGGCAAGGACAGGGAUCUAUGCACUGUAGCCAGAGCCCCUCUUACCAGAGGAAAACCCUGUUUAUACUUUCCUGGGGGUUUUCUAACUGGGCACAUUGCAGGAGGCAGUCUCUUCUGUCCCCUCCAGAGUCUGGAGCCCCACCACUGCCUCCCACCCAGUUCUUUGCUGCCAGGACCGCUUCCUUCCUCUCCUGAUGGCUGAAUCGUCCUCUCACCCGGGAGGGCUCCGGCCACACAGGAGUUCCAGCUCCUGCUCCUGCAUCUGUCAGGCUUUGUUGGAAGUACCAAGGUUAGGCUGGUGUCCCUGCUGGCUGCUUGGCCAGGAAGCUUCCUCCUCUAUGUCACUGCUGAGCUCAAGUACCUGCCUGAGCAAUGGCAAAGUUUUUCUCUUGUCAGUGCCCUCAAAGGGCUUUUAGGCAUCCACAGUCCAGGUUGCUUCUCAAGGGUCUGGUUGCCAGCCCAGCCCUGGGCCUCAGAUUGUCCCAGGUGACCCUGAGUGCCUCAGGCCUGCCUCCCCUGCUCCUGUCUGGGCAGUGCUCAGGGCUCUGUGGGGCCCCCAGGUUUCUUCCAGGUGUGGCCCGGUCACCUGUCCUGCGCAUCCUCCUUGCCUGCCCUGGGGCUGUCCCUGGGGCUCUCCACCAUCUGCUGCCCUCUCUCCACAGCUACUGACUACUCUCGCUCCCUUGAGAAUUAAGAGGUGCCGCUUGUCUCUGUGAUCAGGUCAGGGACUUAGGGCCAGCAUCCUGUGACCUCAGACUGAACUGCCCAAACUUUGGCCCAGCUCUUGUUUUCCAAAAACAGCAUCCACUGCCCUCGUCUCAGACCCCGUUCUCCAGCUCUUCCACAUAAGCCCUGCUCUAGGAGGCCCUGGGCCAGCCUGGAUAGUUACAGGCCUGCUCUGAGUGGACUCCGUGGGACAGAGCCAAGCCUCCGGGAGGGACGUCACGUGGUGGCACUCAGUAGCUUUAACCCAGCUGGAGCUGUGGCCCUGCUGGGGGCACCAGUGGGGGGCCCAUGUCUUCCUGUUCGCUUCCUCCAUUGGAGUUGAACAGUGGGUGGGGACGCCCGGGAGGGCCCUGGCCUGCGUCUCCUCACCCUUCCCCUGGAUCACCCUAGCUGACUCAUGUUUCCUCCAAGUGUCCUCACACAGUCUCCAAGGCAGGCGUCCCUAGGUUGCUUCAGUUGGGCCUUGGUCUGUGUCCAAGCAGCCACAGACAUAUUCCUGAGCCCCGUAGUCCCAGGGCUGCCUCUUGAGCCUGAACCGGGCCCUGCUCCAGGCACCCCCUUCGCUCCUUCCUUUCCCGGACUGACCCCGGGGGAACACUGCAAUUUUCUCCUUCCGCCAAGGCCCUGACUAGCUCCUGCUAUGGGAUUUUCUUUACUGUCCUCAUCGUCUCUGAGGUUAGGGAGGCCAGUUCCAAAUCUGGGCUCUCUCUCGGGCCCCUUGUCCCUGUGCUCCGGAUUGCAGGUCCCACUGUGGCGCUGCCCGCUAUACCUGGCCCCUUCAGUGGGGGUCACAGGUGUGCUUCUAUGAAGCCUCUUUCUGUGACCCUCCACCUGCAAGCAACGGAGCAGUGCCGCUGUGUCAGGGUGCAGGCUCUGGGGCCCCAGGGUUUCCCUCCAACCCCUGCGGCUGCCCCAGCCGCUCUGACCCCCACCUCUUGGGAAAGGGGGUUUUCUGCCUUCUCUAUCACUCCUGCCUGAACCCCUGGCCCAACCUCCGGUGAACCCUGGGCUGGGUGCCCCUCUCCUCCUGAGGCCUGCAGCCCCAGCUGGCCAGCCACUGUCACCACCAGUCACUGUCUCCGCUCCUUGAAGCCAAGUCGGCCAUAGCCUUUCUGCCUGCAAGCUGAAGUCCCCAGCCUGAAGGCUCCUUUCUGGCCCUCUAAAAUGGUUCUCACAACUCUUGCUGAACUGAGCAAGUCCUCGUGUGGCUUCUGCAUGCCUUAGCACCCUUCUUGUCCUCGACUUAGCUUUUUUUGACUCUUCUCGGGAGAGACACACCCAGACCUUGGGCUUCUGAAGGUGCCUGCCCAGGCCCCACAUAACAAGCACCGCAAGCCUGUUUUACAUUUUUGGGGAACAGCUGUGUCCCUGAGGUGAUGCAGUUCAUCAGGGAGCAUUUUGGGAAGGACAUCGGUCCAUUUAACUCCCAAGUGUGGUCUGUCUAGAGAGCUCUGUCCAACCACCCUGUGGGCCGGGGUGCAAAUGCCUAAGUCCCAGCAAGAGCUGAACACCAUGCCCUGACCUGGAGGUCACCGUGAGUCCAGGGAGGCCGGGGCACGGGGCCUGUGACGAGCCCAGAUCCCGGACUUAAGUGACAGUGUUUCAGGUCCUGUCGGACCCUGCGUGCUGACCCUUGCUGCUAAAAUUUUGAUUACUUCUAAGAUAGGCAAAUCCUUCAUUUAAGAUGAGAAAGAGGCCAGGUCAUAGGAGGCAUGACUUGAGGGUGGAGCCAGCCAGGAGGAGACAGGUGGCACUGGGUCAGCAGGGGCCCUGCCCUGGGCUGUGCACACAAGCAAGGGCCACACUGACCCUCCCCCAGCCCUAGCUGCUCCCCAUGGGGACGAGGCAGUAUGUGCCCGCCAGAGCUUCCCCGCUUCUAGACUGUUCUGUACGUACCUGGGACUUGGGAUUGUGGUCCAGCUGAUUCUAGAUCUGGACCACAGCUUGUCCUCUCAGGGUGGCCUGUGUCACCCAUGUGGGCACCUUCAGCAUGAGAUGGACAAAGGAUCCCUGGGUGGGGGAAGGAGGCAGAGCCUGGAGGGUGGCUUAGGGGGUCCGUAUGCAGGCACAUGUCCCCAGUGUGCACAGGCCCCUGGUGUCUUUCGGAGAGGACUAAUGGGGACGCAGCCCUAGGAGACGGUGGGUUCUGGCGCAGCCUCUGUAGUGACAUUUUUCUCAGCGCAUGGCCCAGCCCCCACAGGGCAGGCAGGGGACCACCAUGGGCUCUCCAGGGUCCCUACAGUGCCUGCAGGAGCCAGGCACCCUUUGGGCUGGCCCCUGCUUUAUCCUGCUCGCUUGGCCCAGAGCCUCCUGUCUCCACCUCUGGUGCUGCCCCCGCCCGCUCCAAUCCCUGCACCCGCAUUUUGGUCUAAGGACCUUACCAGCUUUAGGACCCGAGGGUAGAUGUUUCCCCAAUGACACCAAUGAGCGUGGCCAGUCAGCUCCCUCAGCAACCCCUAGGAAAUGUCUGGUCUCAGCUCUUUCCCCGGAGGACCCACUUGGGGACCACACUCCUCCUGUGUGGGGCCCUGCACCAGUGAGGUGUUAGCCACCAAGACUUCAUGACAGUGCCCCGGAGGAGGCAUCAGUCACAUGACCCCUGCUCCAGUGUGUGAGCCAGGGAGUGAGGCUCCACAGGCCGAUGAACACAGGCAAGGCCAGGGUCACCCUGGUCCCAGCCACUCAUGCCCAUCCCCCAGGCUGGCCGUCCCUGUGCCCCUGAACUGAUAAUGAUGCCUCCCAGGCCAGGCCAUGCCCCAAGGGCUGGGCUCCCCACCAGGAUGACCCGGUAACAGGAGGACAGGGGCCAGGGAUGCUCACCUGAACAUGCUCACCUGUUUUUUCCUCUGUGAAAUGGUGCCAGAUACCUGCCGCGUACAAUGAAGAAGAACUGGUAGCAGAGGCACACUCGCCCCUGGGCUGCCCCCCAGGCGUGGGAGCAGAGCCCACAGCUCUACCGGAGUGCCUCCGUGUCAGGGAGGGGCUUGAUGCCAUAAAGUGGGAGCCAGUGGCUCCCUGGCCAGGGAGGCCACAGAGAACUGCCCCCCGCCCAGGCACCUGGCCGUCCCCACGAUGGCUGCUCGCUGGUCCUCUGCUUAGCAAGCACUCCAAGUGCUGAGGCUGCCACAUCAUCCAGAUGUUGAUGACUCUCCAGUAUUUCUUGUCCCAGACUUCCCUGUGGCCCCCAGCUCUGACUUCCUGUAUGACGGUCUCCACAGCCAGGCCAGCAGUCCAGGGCUUUCUGUCCCACAUGUGCUGAUGCCCCACAUCUGGACGACUUCGCUUUGACCGUGUACCUCGAAUCUGACUGACCUUCUCCAGGGAUCCCCUUGCCCAGGUCCUCCUUCCCCCAGGGUCCAAGCCACAGCACCCUUCAUGGGGUGGAAGCCUUUCACUGACUUCUAGACCCGGGCACUGUCCACGUCACAGCCUGAGGGCUGCGGUGACACGAGCCUUGGGACACCAUCUGCCUCACCUCUGCCAUGGGGCCGCACACCAGCUCUUGCUGCCCUCCCCGAGGGGGCUCACGUGGAACCUCCAUUUCUCCCCGUGUGCCUUCACUGAGUGCUCAUUCCGUGUGUGGCGCAUCAGCCCCACCGACACGUCAGCAGCCUGUGUGCACAUGUGUCUGCUGGCCCCAUGCUCCUUACUAGCAGUUGGUUUUGGAACGACCACGAGACCCAGUUUUGACCAGGCAGGACAUCUCUUGAGAGGCUUCAGGGCAGAAGGGAGAGCGCUCAUCCUCUGAAUGUCCUGGUUGCAUUUCCCUGAGACACAGACACUCUUGGACUCUGCAGUGGAGAGACACCCAGAACCUCUCUGAGGACGGAAGCCCCACGUGGCCAAGUGGAAAGAGAACCAAGCUCACAGCUGGAGAAACGGUGGCAGCGAGGGUCGCCCUGGGCCAGACCUGCAUUCUUUUGCCUGUUUGUGAGAGACAAUGUCUCUGCCUAAACUUGCGGGAGUAGGGGUUUUGUGUUAGGACAGGGCCUUCAUGGGGUCAAGAGACAGAAAUUCUUAGGUUUGAGUCGAUGACUUCUUGCCCACUAAGGGGAGAAGACAAGUCUCUUUCCCUAUCCCCCUUUGCUAACAAGCAACUGCAUCCUCCCCUCAUAUCCCUAUGCCAUUGCAAGCACUAGGGGUGCCGUGCCAGUAGGCGGGCUCCAGGAUACCUUCAAGGGUAUGAAUGACGACUGAUCCCCAUCCUACAGGCAGGAAAUCCCUUAAAACCUGAGAGAGAAAUCUAAAAAAGCCGAACUCAUGGGAAGUCACCACCCCUUUCCCACCCCAGUGAAGCCAUAAAAACUAGUCCUGUUCUUUGGUAAUGGGCCGAUCUGAUCAUCAGCACGCCACUUCCGUUAGUUCUGGAAGCUGAAUCCCCUUCCCUCUUUUCUCUCGCUUUCUAACUCUGCCUAAUAAACAUGCUUAUGCCUCUCA